AUGCCCGACUUCCAGGUUCUUGCUGUUCUCUACAAGGGUGGUGAGGCUGCCACGCAGGAGCCUCGUCUCUUGGGUACGAUUGAGAACCAGCUCGGUCUGCGUGAAUGGCUAGAGGGCCAGGGCCACGAGUUCAUCGUCACCGAUGACAAGGAGGGUCCCGAGUCCGUGUUCCAGAAGAACAUCGUCGAUGCCGAGGUCCUCAUCACCACCCCCUUCCACCCCGGCUACCUGACGCGCGAUCUCAUUGAAAAGGCGAAGAACCUGAAGAUCUGUAUCACCGCGGGUGUCGGCUCCGACCACAUCGACCUCAACGCCGCCGUCGAAAAGGGCAUCGAGGUCCUCGAGGUCUCCGGCUCCAACGUCGUCUCCGUCGCGGAGCACGUCGUGAUGAGCAUCCUGCUGCUCGUCCGGAACUUCGUCCCCGCACACGAGAUGAUCGAGCGCGGAGACUGGCAGGUGUCCGAGAUCGCGCGGAACGCGUUCGACCUCGAGAACAAGGUCAUCGGCACGAUCGGCGCCGGCCGCAUCGGCUACCGCGUCCUCCAGCGGCUCGUGCCCUUCGACCCCAAGGAGCUCCUCUACUACGACUACGCCGAGCUCCCCGAGCAGGCCGCCAAGGCCGUCAAGGUGCGCCGCGUCGCGGACCUCAAGGAGUUCGUCGCGCAGUGCGAUGUCGUGACCGUCAACUGCCCGCUACACGAGGGCACGCGCGGGCUCGUCAACGCGGACCUGCUCAAGCACUUCAAGAAGGGCGCGUGGCUCGUCAACACGGCGCGCGGCGCGAUCUGCGACAAGGACGCCGUCGCGGAGGCGCUCAAGAGCGGGCAGCUCGCGGGCUACAGCGGCGACGUGUGGAACGUGCAGCCGGCGCCGAAGGACCACGUCUGGCGCUAUAUGAAGAACCCCCUGGGCGGCGGCAACGGCAUGGUGCCGCACUACUCGGGCACGACGCUCGAUGCGCAGGCGCGCUACGCGGCGGGCACGAAGAGCAUCCUGGAGAACUACCUCAACAGUCGGGAGCAGGAGCCCCAGAACAUCAUCAUCGGCAAGAAGGGUUACGCGACCAAGGCAUACGGCCAGCGCUGA